AUGCGGAUAUCCAAAGUGGCCACAAGCAACUUCAGUCUCGUUAAUCUGUUUGGUGAAGGAACACGUGUUUUUGUUUAUAGAGCAGAUAUCCCUCAUGGAAAGGAAGAACAAUUUAUGGAAGUGAUGCGAAUCGCAUCCACUUUGAAGCACCCUAUUGUUUCACUUGUUAGCUACUCUGUGGGGCAUGGAAACCACUUCCUUGUGUAUGAGUGCAUAAGGAAUGUCACACUUGAUGAUGCCUUGAACCAUGUAGUGUGCAUGCCUCUUACAUGGAGCCUCCGAAUCCACAUUGCUCGAGCAUUGAAUUCAAAACCAGAAGGAGAGCAGUCAGUAGUGGAGUGGGCUUCUUCCAAGCUUCAUGACAGUGAGUCUUUGUUGGAGAUGGCUGAUCCAACAAUAAGGAGAACAAGUUCCACUGGGGUCCCGUCAUCUUCUGAAGGUACUAUCUCCCAAGGUACAAAAACAGAGAAAAGGGAGGACAAGAAGGAGAUUGAAGUUGACAACACUGCUGGUGAGGCAGAGAUUGAAGUUGACAACACUGCUGGUAAUGUAGAGAUUGAAGUUGAUGACAAUGCUGGUGAUGUAGAGAUUGAAGUUGACGACACUGCUGGUGAUGUAGAGAUUGAAGUUGACGACAAUGCUGGUGAUGUAAAGAUUGAAGUUGACGACAAUUCUGGUGAUGUAGAGAUUGAAGUUGAUGACAAUGCUGGUGAUGUAGAGAUUGAAGUUGACAACAAUGCUGGUGAUGUAGAGAUUGAAGUUGACGACAAUGCUGGUGAUGUAGAGGUUGAAGUUGACAACAAUGCUGGUGGUGCAGGAAGGGAACAGGAGGGAGAGGUAGAACAACAACAACAACAACAAUCACUGCAGAUUGAAGUUGCCAACAAUGUUGAUGAUGCAGGAGGGGAAGAGAAGAGGCCAAAUUGGCUUUCUAGAUAUUUUCCCAUAAUAUCCUUUGCUGCUUUCGGGAUAUAA